UAAUGCCCUGGGGAUUCCCUACGAGGAAUGCAAAUACUACCCAUCGCCAUCGCGAAACUCUCAGUAUACUUUUACCAUUUGGAACUGUCUCCGUUGGCGCCGUCGUUAACCCGGCCGCAAACCUUGGUUACUUUUGUAUGCGUUAGAUGUGCAUAAGUUGAAAAGUAACAUCUUCAAACGCGCUUUUUACUGAUACCCAGUAUUGUAGGUGUUACAUGCUACUUACACAACAUAGCUCUACUUUCUCGUGCGACAGGGCGCGUUAGGGACUAUGGCUAAGGGCAAGGGCAAAAGCAAGGCUGCCAAAAAGAGCGGCGGCCCUCGUGCACCCGCCGCCCAGCUGACGCCUCGCCAGCUUUACGAGCGCGCAUUGCUAGCCCUCCGCUAUGACGAUUUCGAUUCAGCACGCACGGCUAUGCGUAAGGCUGUCAGCCUAGACCCGGAUAACAUCGAAUACCUGGACGCCUUUGGAGCGCUGCUUGCGGAGGUCGGGCCAGCGGAGGAGGCCAUCCAGGUUCUCCGUCGCGCGGUGGCUCUGAGCCCCGACGCCGGCUUCGAGAAGUACCUGUACCUGGGGCAGCUGCUGGAGGAGGAGCCUGAUCAGGCACUGGAGGCCACACGGAGGGGGGUGGGGGUGCUGCAGGCCCAGCAUGCGGCUGCAGUGGCCGCCUCCUCCCCCGACGUCCGCUCCCUCAGCCGCACCCUCACAGGGGCCCUAUGCAGCCUGUGUGAGAUGAUCAUGGGGCAGGGGGCGGCGGCAGCGGCGGAGGCGGCAGCAGCAGCAGCAGGGGGUGGUGGUGCAGAGGCGGGCGGGGAGGGGCUGCCGGCGGCUGCGGCGGCGGAGGUGGAGCACCUGUUAGCGCUGGCCAGCACCGCCGACCCCAGCUCCCCCGAGCCCGCCCAGGCGCUGGCGGCGCUGCGCUACCAGCAGGGCAGGUCGGCGGAGGCGCUGGAGGCCCUCCGUCGCUCCAUGUCCCUCUGGUACACCCCCUCCAGUAAGGAGGCGGAGGAGGGGGAGGAGGGGGAGGGGCAGCAGGCGGGAGGAGCAGGCAGCAAGGGCGGCGACGAUGAAACCAUGGAGGACGCUGGGGAAGAGGGUGACAACGAGGAGGAGGGUGAUGAUGAUGAGGAGGCGGAGGAGCAGGGCGGUCCCAGCUACGAGUUCCGCAUAGAAUGCGCCAAGUUGCUGUUGGAGCUGGAGGACACAACCGCCACCGCCAUCGACGUGUUGGAGGGCCUUAUCGAGGAGGACGACCGGGUGCCCGAGACCUGGCACCUGCUGGCGCUGGCCUACUACAGCGGGCACCAGUACGGCGAGGCGGCGGAGGUGCUGGGCCGGGGGCAGGCGCUGCUGGC